ACACCCUACAGGCACGAGUCACACAGUCAGUACGAAUACGACCCCAUUCUUCCCAACUACCUCGCUCACGCCUUCCAGUGUUCAAACAAGGGUAGAUUCCCGUCCCCCUCCCGUUUCUUGGAUUCGGGAGCGCUCCUCCAUUUUUCUAACUCCGAGCUCGGCUGUCGAUCGAUCCGGCCGCGCAAAACCUCAGCUUCAUCGGCGCUCCGGUGAUCCGUUCGAACCCUCGGCUCGCCCGCGAGGCUGGGCGUUUCGGCGGCUGGUCAAGUUCUUGACGGGGUCGGCGGCCAGCUGGGUUCCCCUCGUGCAGGAGGAAAGGUAACUGCGUGGAGAUAUGGGGCCACAUAUGAUAGAGCAAGAUGGAGGGUAGGAAAGAGAGGGGAAGGUUGAGGAAUUUCGUUCGGCGGAUGGCAAUGGAGUGCCUUUGCUCUGGAGAGCAGCUGAAAGGUGCAGAUGAGACCAUCCGGUCAUCAGACUCUUCGAUCACCAAAGAUUUCUCAGCCAGUGGGUACUCGUCCAGGAAUGGGGAGGUCGAGCAAUACCUUGAUAAUGGCAACAUCGAGGAAGCCGAGUUGUCGCUCCGGGAGGGCGUCUGCCUUAACUAUGAGGAGGCAAGGGCAUUGCUAGGAAGGCUAGAGUACCAACGAGGGCAUGUAGAAGCAGCACUCCGUGUGUUCGAUGGAAUAGACAUAUCUUCAUUAGUUCCUAAGAUGAAAAUCUCUAUUGCUAGAAAAGCACAUCGCCGAAAGACUCGUUCACAGUGGGAUUCUCCACCAAUGCCACUACAUGCUGUGAGCCUACUCAUGGAGGCCAUAUAUCUCAAAGCAAGAGCACUUCAUGAUCUUGGAAAGUUCAAAGACGCUGCACAAGAGUGCAGAAUGAUAUUAGAUAUUGUGGAAGCAGCGCUACCUGAAGGCUUACCAGCAGGAUUCGGAAAAGGUUGUAAAUUGAACGAAAUAAUAUGCAAGGCUGUACAGUUUCUCCCUGAACUAUGGAAAUUAGCGGGGUUUUCACUUGAAGCCAUAUCUGAAUACAGGAGGUCUCUUCUCAAUAAUUGGAAUCUUGAUGGAGAGACCAUAGCUAAAAUACAAAAGGAAUUUGCUGUUUUUCUUCUAUACAGUGGCUGUGAAGCACGGCCUCCAAAUCUCCAUUCUCAGCUGGGUGGUUCAUUUGUACCACGAAACAAUAUGGAAGAGGCUAUUCUUCUUCUAAUGAUUCUGUUGAGGAAGUUCAAUCUAAGGAGAGUUGAGCGGGAUCCCACUGUGAUGCAUCACCUUACUUUUGCACUGUCCAUGUCAGGGCAGCUAAAACCACUGGCUGUACAAUUUGAAGAGAUGUUACCUGGUCUGCUAGACAAAAGGGAAUGGUCAUACAAUGUUGCAUUGUGUUACCUAGCAGAAGAAGACGAUUUGACUGCCCUGAAUCUACUCAAAAGGAUAUUGAAGCUAGGACAGGAGUCUGAGAAUCUCAAAGAACUUCUCCUGGGGUCAAAGGUUUGUGUUGAGAAGGGCAAUUAUGCUGAAGGUGCUGCGUAUGCACGGAGGGCUAUUGCUAAUAUACAGGGAGGAUGUGACCAAUUGGUGGGCGUUGCAGAUGUUUUGCUUGGUGUUUCCCUUUCUAAUCAAGCUAGAUAUGCCAUUUCUGAUACCGAUCGUGCUUCCUGGCAGUACGAAGCACUCGAAGUACUUGGAAGUGCUGAAAAAAACAUGCACUGGCAAGAUCCUAGGGUAUUGUACAAUCUCAGCCUUGAAAAUGCUGAGCAGAGGAAAUUAGAUGCAGCAGUUUUUUAUGCAAAAAAACUGGUGAAGUUAGAGGCUGGAUCAGAGUUGAGGAGUUGGCUUCUGUUAGCUCGACUACUGAGUGCACAAAAACUUUUUGCGGAUGCUGAAACCAUUGUUGAUGCUGCUCUUGAUCAGACUGGGAAAUGGAAUCAAGGAGAUCUGCUGCGAACCAAAGCCAGAAUUCAGGCUGCACAGGGGGAAUUCAGCGAUGCAGUUGGGACAUAUACCCAACUUCUUGCUAUAAUUCAACUUAGAAGAAAAAAAUUCAGCUCUGGGAUCUCCUUGGCAAAGGGUGCUGAAGAUGAUAAAAGUCUGGAAACAGAGACCUGGUAUGAUCUAGCUCUCUUGUAUCUAGGCAUGUCACAGUGGAGGGAUGCAGAGGUUUGUAUAUCAAAGAUCAGAGCCGUCAGUUGUUAUUCUGCCUUGGCUUGGCAUGCUACAGGAAAACUGUAUGAAGUGAAAGGUCUUCCAAAGGAAGCUUUGGGGGCUUAUUUUCGAGCAUUAGACCUUGAUGCUAAACAUGUUCCAAGCCUGAUAUCGACUGCUAUUAUUCUACGUCAACUUGGGGACAGGCCAUUGCCUUCCGUACGGUGCUUUCUGACUGAUGCACUGCAACUUGAUAGAACAAAUCAUAUGGCAUGGUUUAAUCUUGGCCUACUCUACGAAGAGGAAGGUGGCAGGUCAGCAGCUGAGGCUGCUGAAUGUUUCCAAGCUGCUGCUCUUCUUGAAGAAACUGCACCUGUAGAACCUUUUAGAUGACAUGUAUGUAUGAGGGCAAUAGAGACUGUAAGCUAUCAUAUUGUUUCAAUUUUUUCACGUACUGAUAAAAAUAGUAGAUUACAGAGUUUCAGAGAUGACCUACAUGUCUAGAUCAUUGAGAGAUUAUAGCAUCAGAUACUGUUGGAUUUUUGUUUUUGUUUUAGCAGUUCAAUAUAUAGUUUCUGAUUUGUUAUCUA